AGGUGAUGGCGACCAUCGAGAAGGUCCGGAGAUGGGAGAAGCGCUGGGUGACUGUGGGCGACACUUCCCUUCGUAUCUUCAAGUGGGUGCCAGUGGUGGACCCCCAGGAGGAGGAGCGGCGGAGGGCAGGUGGUGGGGCAGAGAGAUCUCGAGGCCGGGAGCGGCGGGGCAGGGGCGUCAGUCCCCGAGGGGGUGGCCCUCUCAUCCUGCUGGAUCUCAAUGAUGAGAACAGUAACCAGAGUUUCCAUUCGGAAGGCUCCCUGCAAAAGGGCACUGAGCCCAGCCCUGGGGGCACCCCUCAGCCCAGCCGCCCUGUGUCACCUGCUGGACCACCAGAAGGGGUCCCAGAGGAUACUCAGCCCCCACGGCUGGGCCAAGAAAGAGAUCCUGGGGGCAUAACAGCAGGCAGCACCGAUGAACCCCCAAUGCUGACCAAGGAGGAGCCUGUUCCAGAAUUGCUGGAGGCUGAGGCCCCCGAAGCUUACCCCGUCUUUGAGCCAGUGCCACCUGUCCCCGAGGCAGCCCAGGGUGACACAGAGGACUCGGAGGGCGCCCCCCCACUCAAGCGCAUCUGCCCAAAUGCCCCUGACCCCUGAGAAGCCGGCCUGCCUGUCCUGUCGCCCCAGGGGCCCCUUUGGCUUUUUACAAAUAAAGACCCUUUUGUAA